CAUAAACCCUUAAAACUCACUACUAUUGUCUCUUACCAUUCCAUCUACCCUUUCGCCCAAAACUCCAAAACCAGACUUUGCCGUCACCCAAGACCACCUACCAUCCAACUUCCGGCAGCGUUUUUCUGCAACCGGCACCGUUCUUUCUGCUUUAUCAAUCGUACAUUCCUGGGGAACUUGUGGGGCUGAUAUUGUGAUCCAUUAGGAAAGAUGAGAUUGCUAACACACAACAUGCUGUCAUCAAACAUAAGAGGCGUGGUGAAUGGGUUUCCAUUGCGCAUCGAAGUGGGGAAAGUGGUGGAAAAGAAUGUGGAAAUGAAUGGUGACUUUCUAAAGAACAUGUUUGUCAAGAUUGAUUGGAAGGCUUUUGUGGAAGCUUCACAAUCCAUGGGAUACACUGAAUUACCUGAGGAGGCUGAUUUAUCCAUGUUGGAUUCAGAUGAGUUUCUGAACAGGUUUCAUCAUGCACUCUUGGAACUCCACCUUGAAGAAGGUGCUCUUGUUUGCCCUGAGACAGGACGGCGGUUCCCUGUCAGUAAAGGCAUUCCAAAUAUGCUUCUUCAUGAGGAUGAGGUUUGAAUUUUGCUAUUAGCCUAUUAUCACCUUCAACGGUUUUGUAGAACACUAAUGAGUUAUUAUGUUCUUUGUCACUCUGUAAUUAAAAUGUUUGGUAGCGAAACGAAUUCAACUGCAAUUUGAAUUUAUAUAAAACUCUGUUUAUGAUGUCGUGACUAUGCUUUGGCUCA